UUUCUCGUUGAAGCUGUAAUUUGAACCAUUUAUCCCAAGCACAAUUCAGUUUAUUCUUUAGUCUCACACAUUUCGUGUCAACUAUCUGGUGUCUAGCCUAUAUUUUAUCUUAGGCUCUUUUCCCUUAUCUUGUUUUUGUCGUAUCUCCCCAACUUGUGUGUUUACUUUGAGUUGAACGAAAGUAAUAUUCAUUCAUUUUUCAAACACCAGCCAGUUCGUGGCAUUUCUUGGCACAUCAUCUGCGAGUCGAGUUUCGUGAUCAUCACUAUAAAACUUAUACGUGAGGGCACCAGCGUGAGAAAGAAGAAUUUUGGCGAUUGAGAAUAAAGAAAUCGAUGGUAUUUAAUCUUAAAAGUAUUAAGCUAGAUGAGUCCAAUCGAAAGUAUGAUUAGCUACGCAGCAGAAUACGUAGCCUAAAUCAGAGUCACGUGUCUUCUGUUCGACAUCUACAGCCAAAGAUAGAACACGUCGUUUACAAGCAACAGACUAAACAUUUAUGGUCAAAGGUGUUGGGAAAAUGUCGAGAAGAAAUAGGAGUCGGUUCGAUCACAUCCCAGCUGCGAGAAUUCCACGAGUGUCACAUUAUUCCAGCCGAAAAUCAAGUUUCAGAACCGAACCAAGGUUUGAAUCGGAGAGCCGGUUAGUGCGGUACCGUCGAGAUCGUCGCUCGCCGAGUGCAAAUUGCCGGCCUUCAAACGAGGAAUUCGAUUCUGAUCGAACUGAAAAUGGAAGGAGAAUAUCUGGAAUCAACUUUCGGGACCUUUCUCCCGAUUCACCGAGAAGAUCCAAAGAUACUAGGGAAGAAGGCCCGAUGCGGUGGAGACCUGUGCCACAGCUACGAACUGAAUGGCAUCCGGAAGUACCGGAAGUUUCAGAAGAGAGGCCGCUGGUGCGGCAGUUCAAGGAGCAACGGGCAGAGGAACAUCCUCUUUACGCUGCCGAGUGGCAAUCUUUUUGGGAAAGACGUCAAACUCGUUACAAGUCGAGAGAAUCUUGCGACGAAGACUUCAUGCCAGAUUGGAUCAAGUACUGGAACAAUCGGAUGAAUGAACUUGACCUAGAAGAGGAGAUGAAAGCCCAGGAAACUGCUCAAUUGAACCGCAAGCGCAAAUCUCACCAAGAAGAAUCUUAUGUUCGUCAACAACAUAAUUCAGAAUCCGUCAUCAACCCAAGUCGACAACUAGCGGGUCGCAGUUCAAAAAAUUCUCCCAAGAAAUUCCAUCCGACGCUGGAUCAUGACGACAGAUUGGAUCUAGUAAACCCCCACUCUUCUCAUGCUAUCAAACAGCAGUGCAAUUUCGAAUCAUCUCUAAAACCCUCCACUUCUAAUGGCGUGGGAGUCCUUCAAAAUCCGAAACGCGUUUGUCACGUCAUACCAUCCCAAAUGCCAAAAGACGCACCACUUCCAUCUGGCCCAAAUUUUCUCGAAGUUCUCCGAAUGUUGGUCGCCCUUGAGGACAUUCUUGAUUCUCUUGGUCCAAGCAUCACAAAUAUGCUUGCGCGGGCCCUAUCGUCUGAACGCCGUGAAAUUGGUAGCUCAUCUAAACUGUUAAACCAAGAUCCAACCUGCGUUGAUUUGCUCGACACAUCGAAAGAGAAGUUGAAAGGAUUAAUUUCGGCUGGAAUCCUGGAUGGAGUUAAAGGAACGGCUGCCUCGCAGGCUGUUGAAAACGUUAUGCGCCUCCUCAAGCAGCCUUCAGUUACUUCGCAUUCUAGUACUUCCUCGGACGGACCUGCGGGUUUUAACAUGGCGAAACUAAUUAGCAAUCUGCAAGCUGUUGGACUGUUGCGCCCUCUUCAAUCGACUACAACAUUGCCCUCAGCCAUUGGGUCUCCCAGCGUGGCUGAGUUGAAAAACAAGGACUCAACCACAAGUGCUAAAAAUUCGCACAAUUCUCGUGUUGAAAAAGAUCAACUAUUCAGCGGUGAAGAGCUCAAAACCCUGAUUGUAAAUUUUCGGACAUUGACCGCGUCGCAGAAGGAAGAUCUCGUUCAACAUUUACGCCGAUUGGAAGAAAGUAACCCCGAGAAAGACGUGAAGAAUUCGAGUGAACCGUCGUGUUCAUCAGGUUCGACAUCUCCGCUGUCUAAAAAAUACCGUCAAUACGAAAACGGUCAAAUAGUCAACCCGAUUGCUCCCAAUCAUCCGCCGUCCAAAAUUCGAUUUCCUUUCAUAUCGAAGAAAACGGGACUGUCGUCUACCGACUUGGACAAUUACGGCAUUCCGCUCGAUGAGCUCGGCCCUUCUCGCUCAAAGGUGCCGAUAGAUAUCAAACGUGAGUUAUCUCGUGGCGCAACAAUGACUGAAGGUUGUUCACUAUCAGCCGUCAAUCAUCAACCUUCAACUGGGAUUGAUCACUCCGAUCAAAACAAAUCUAAACUUGGCCAAUCUUCCCAGCAUGUCCACCAGCCAUUUGCGCGUUUGACAGAUGGGAAAAACAGCUGUCAGACGCCGUUAACACAUCGAGAUGGAAUUCAACAAGUGCAAGAAUUGAAUAAAGUGCAAUUGCAGAGACUGAGCUUCUACAAGGACCAGUUGGAUCCCAGGAGAAAUCGAAUGUUGAACAACGGCAGCAUGCAUGUUGCACAACACCGGCCAGUUCCUUACCAAGAACCUAUCGUCAUUCCCACUUCCCCUGUCUAAGCACCAAUUUGCUGUUUAAUGCCAAUGCCAAAAUUGCAACACGUUAUUCUCAUGCCAAUUAAUGAAAUUACUUUUCAACUCGGAAAAUUAUUAACAAUUUUGCUGCCCAAAUCCCCUGCCAAACAUGUUUCACAAUUUCGGACUAGAAAAUAAAAUUAUAUUUUUAAAAUUGA